AUGGCCCUCGCGCGCGGGGGAUCAAUUUCAGAUGUAUCGUUUUCAUACAGAUUAACUGAGCGCCUUGGAGGUUUAGUUUUGAAGGACAAACAAGAAGAAGCGUUGAAAAGUUUGCUGGAUGGCAAAGAUGUGUUUGCUGCACUAUCUACUGGCUUCGGGAAGAGCUUAAUACAUCAAAGCUUUGUCAUUGCAAAAGAAAUGGAGGGCUGCGUCACUGAUCCGUGUUGUUUAGUUAUCGUCCCGCUUCGCAGCAUCCUAGAAGAGCAAGUAAACUACAAUGAUUUUGGCAUGACAGCCAAAGGUUUUGAGAAAUCGAGCGAAGCCUUAAAGGACAUUAAAAGCAACAAAUACAAAUUAAUCUAUGCCUCCGCUGAGCAAGCUUUAUCGAGCGAAUUUCUCAGUUUGCUGAAGGACGACUCCUCCGAGCUCAAGAAAUCGUUGUCGCUGAUCGUGGUGGAUGAAAGUCACACAGUGGAAACCUGGUAAGUGGCGAGAAAUGCAGGGUUAACUGCUUUCUAGCAGAUAAGAGGUCAUUAUUUUGCGAUCAGUGGUACAAUAUAUGUCACAUUUUAAAUUUUGCCUUUCAUUUGUUUAACAAAAUUGCACGCGAUGAAUUCCACACGUCGCGAUGUCUUUGCAUGUAUAAUUAUAAGCUAGCUAAUAAGCCUUUCACAGCGAACCUUUUACUGAGAUUUUAAUUUUAUGAGAACUAUCUUACACUUCAGGGGAAAGGGCAAGAAGAGAGGAAAGGUUUCAGAACCGUUUAGAAAAGAUUUUGGCGAACUGUCAACUCUUCGAUCCUUUUGUAGUGGUACGUAUUAGCAAUGAUUUUGUUUAUCCAAACUUAAAAGUCUUACUGUUUCAUUUUUCGUAUUUCGAUUUGUUUGUAAGCUAUAAGAUGCAAAGCUUGUCACUUAAGAAGCUCAGCCUCUCGUCAUCUGUAUACCUCUGUGUUGUAAAUUCCGUAAGUUGUUUGCAAAUGAACAUUGAAUUGUUGUCCAGAUUUACAUUGCAUGACAAAUAUUCAUUAUCGAUACAAUCCAAAUAUGUAGAGUCAUGCUGAUUAAAACAUGUAGUAAGCUUUUCCUUGAGAUUUUUACCUUUUUCUGCAUGCAUUAACAUAAUACUAUGUAACAAAUAAGUUUGAAGCAUGUAUAUGUUGCAGUUUAAUUCUAUUUUUCUUCUAAAUUAUAUCUCUAUUUAUGCUUCAUGUUCCUUUACAUAUUACGAAAGUUAUUGAUGUUGGCGGAGCCUCGCUUUGGGUGAGCUCUGUUUGCUGGGACACAAAAUAAUCACCAACCCAUUAUGGGAUAUUUUGGCCACGGGAGUGGCCGUUUAUUAAAUUAAAGCAUAUAAAGCUGGGAAAACCAGAUACACAAGAACAUUAUCCCAGCAAAGGUGAGGGCACACCCGCCACUCCCUAGGGUAAAAUAAAGCUAACGGGAGGGAAGGGAGGGAAAAAUGUUUCUGACUGUCUUGUAAUGCGAGGAAGAAGGCCUUGCGCCUCGCUUCUGUGACUUACAUGACCCGUGACAUAAAUGACACUUUCGUGACAAAUCACCCGGAUGACAGGAAACCCUCCUUUGCUGGUAGCUGGAGAAAUACAAUAAUGAUCAGUCACAUUAAGCAUAAAACCAUUUAUUUCUUUCAGAAAUAAAUCUCAUUUAUGCUUCAUGUUCCUUUACAUAUUACGAAAGUUAUUGACGUUGGCGGAGUCUCGCUUUGGGUGAGCUCUGUUUGCUGGGACACAAAAUAAUCACCAACCCAUUAUGGGAUAUUUUGGCCACGAGAGUGGCCGUUAAUUAAAUUAAAGCAUAUAAAGCUGGGAAAACCAGAUACACAAGAACAUUAUCCCAGCAAAGGUGAGGGCACACCCGCCACAGCCCAGAGCAAGGAAUGAGUGAAAGGGCCGCCCCACCCGAGGCCAAAGCAAGACGACCGCCAACAGAAACUACUGGUACCUACAAAUCAAAAUGUACAAUAGAAAAAGGUGUGCGCCGCCUGAUACGAAAACCCGAAAAACCACAUGGGAAAAAUUGAGAACGUAUCCCCCAACCAAUGCAGUCACACAAAACCUCUGGGGGUUAAAGGUAAGAAAGAUACCACAUUACAAAUAAAAAAGGUCAAUGUACGAGAGCUGAGAUGAAUAUACAUGUAUUAUAAUCAUCCAACCGUGUACAUCUUUCAACAAUAGAGUCAACUAGCGCCAGAAUGGCUCAUGUGUGUCCAUAGCAAUAGGACAUUGUAUACAUUCUUUGUCACUGGCACUUACAUCAUUGAAUCUGAUACAGAUCAAAAAGUGUGAAUCACUUAAGUUAACUAACAGUUUAAAAGUGAAAAUGAAUGAGAUAACUGUAUGGCCCUUGUUCACACAGCCAUCAUAAAUUGCACUUAUUCACUAAGCACUGGACACUAGAUGGGAAUAAAAUGGCCUACAUAAGCAAAUGAGUUUUAAGUAACGUUUUCCUAAGUCCUGGAUACAGAAGUGGAUUGAUGUAACCAAAAGAAAUGGGCUACUGUAGCUAGAAUAAAGGAAAUGGCUGCAUAGCCUGUCAGCUCACACAGUCAGUCACUAAUGCCACAUCGAUACGAAGCUCAAACGUGUUUAAAAGCUGUAAAGUUAAACCAGGUUGAAAUGAUUAGAACUGAAAAUUAAUCGGUAAGAUGGCUGUAUGGCCCUUGCUCACACAGUCACCAUGAAUUUAAAUGAUAACAAUUUAGGCUGAAUGGUCAUAGCUCAGUGACAUAAUGAAAUGAUUUAAUUUGAAAAACUGUGAUCCAGCUGUAUAGCCCCUGUACUUAUCAAAAAGCUGAAAUAGCUCGUUAAUGUAACUGAUUAAAAUGAAAUCGGUAAGAUGGCUGUAUGGCCCCUGCUCACACAGUAAACAUGUAUUUAAAUAAUAACAAUUUACUCUAAAUUGUCACAGCUCAGUGACAUAAUAGACGCAUUAAAUUUGGAAAUCUGUGAUAUGGCUGUAUGGCCCCUGCUCACACAGUCAUGCAGAAUUAUACUUAUCAAAAGUCUGAAAUAGCUCACUGAUGUAGCUGAUUACAAUAAAUCUGUGUGAUGGCUGUAUGGCCCCUGCUCACACAGUCACCCUGAAUGAUGCUAAUAAAAAGUCUGACGUAACUCACUGAUGUAACUGAUUCAAAUGGAAAUCUGUGAGAUGGCCGUAUGGCCCCUGCUCACACAGUCACCUUGAAACUGUACUAUAAGCAGAAAUCACCUAGGAAACUAACAGGUGAAUAAAGUGAAAAAAUUAAUCUACUGUAAGAUGGCCGAAUGACCCUGACUCAUGUGGUGAGAAUUCUACAUAUUACUAUGUCACUGCCCAUAUGUCCUGCACAUAAGUAUCAAAUGACAUACAUGCCUAUACACUUGAGCUACAUGUAUACCCAAUCACAAUGCCAAGCAAGCCAAAGUUGCCUGAGGAAAGUUCUGCCCAAGUAGAUGUACACGUAGAUGCCACAUGCCAAGGGACGCAGCAGCUGCCCUUGAGUAGCCCGGCACUAGAGAUGCAACUCCUGGAAAACUGAUCAGCGGAAUGUGUACAACUCUUUGGAACAUUUCUGGCAUACUAUGUUGAACUGAAUUGAGGAACCAAAGAGAAUGCAGAGCUAUUGACUUUCUUAAGAGAGAUGCCGAGGGAAAGCUGACGAUGGUUGGAUAAAGCUGGUUGGUACUCUGCUCAAGACUGACUUCAUUGAAAAGGCAUCCAUGAAAGGGAGCUGCAUGUGUAUACCUUAGCACCCGCAGUAAAAUGAAAAAACUAUAAAAACAACUUCUUUAAAAAAGCCAGAAUGUGCUACCAUUAAAGAACAAUGUGUAACCAAUUAAUAAAUCAAUCAGGAUCUCCCAAACAAAACUAAUAAACAGUAAAUUCCUCAAAAACAACAAAGCUAAAAGCACUGAUGUGACAUGGAGAGUAAAGUAUAAAGCAACGUAUUACAGGGUCGCAUCACAAUAAAUGCAGGACUGUAAUGUCCACACAUAUCAAAACAGGGGAGCCAACAAAACCGAAGAUUAAAAUUAAUGUAGCUGCAUGUAAACCAAAAUAACGGAUUACUCGAAUAAAGACUAAAAAAUAGACAAAAAAGGCAAAAAAUGUGAAUAGAAAUUCAAACCAAAUAACAUUGGCAUCUGGUUACCCUAGACAAAAAUACAACAAACAGAACCACACACAUAUCACUGCAAACAAAUCAAAUAAGCGGUACAAACAAGGGAACAGGGGCCUAGAACAAUGAGGACCAAAGCCUCAAACUGAGGAACAUAGCCUCAAUAUAAAACAAUGAGGACGAAGCCUCAAUAUAAAACAUGAGGACAAAGCCUCAAAAUAAAAUAUGAGGACAAAGCCUCAAUAUAAAACAGUGAGGACGAAGCCUCAAUAUAAAAUAUGAGGACGAAGCUCAAUAUAAAACAAUGAGGACGAAGCCUCAAUAUAAAACAUGAGGACAAAGCCUCAAAAUAAAAUAUGAGGACAAAGCCUCAAUAUAAAAUAUGAGGACGAAGCCUCAAUAUAAAAUAUAAGGACAAAGCCUCAAUAUAAAAUAUGAGGACAAAGCCUCAAAAUAAAAUAUGAGGACGAAGCCUCAAUAUAAAAUAUGAGGACGAAGCCUCAAAAUAAAAUACGAGGCCGAAGCCUCAAAAUAAAAUAUGAGGAUGAAGCCUCAAUAUAAAAUAUGAGGACAAAGCCUCAAUAUAAAAUAUGAGGACAAAGCCUCAAUAUAAUACGAGGACGAAGCCUCAAAAUAAAAUACGAGGACGAAGCCUCAAUAUAAAAUAUGAGGAUGAAGCCUCAAAAUAAAAUGUGAGGACAAAGCCUCACUAUAAAUCAUGAGGACGAAGCCUCAAAAUAAAAUACGAGGCCGAAGCCUCAAAAUAAAAUAUGAGGAUGAAGCCUCAAUGUAAAAUAUGAGGACGAAGCCUCAAAUAAAAUACGAGGCCGAAGCCUCAAAAUAAAAUAUGAGGACAAAGCCUCAAUAUUACGAGGACAAGCCUCAAAAUAAAAUAUGAGGACAAAGCCUCAAUAUAAUACGAGGCCAAAGCCUCCAAAUAAAGUAUGAGGACGUAGCCUCAAUAUCAAAAACAAGGACAAAGCCUUGAUACAACAUGAGGACAAAACCUCAACAAAAUGAGGUCAACGCCUCAAAUACAAGUGGAGGAACAAAGCCUCAUACUGAAAAAACGGCCCAGAAGUAAGCACUGGCAGACAGAAUGUCGCCAACAGCGACUAAAGGAAAACAACAGAACACAACGAUACACAAUGCAACAGGAUAAAAACACAAUAUGCAGACAAAACUGACAUAUGAACAGCAAACGAUAAACCUGAUAUGCUGAUACACUUCACUUCACUGUACCUCUGAGGUAGCUUUGUUAGAAUGGUUGCAAGGUAAUUUCUAAAACCUUGUAACAGUGCUGAAAGUAUCGUGCAUGCACGUUUUAGCCUGUAGGGUUUAAGAACGCAUCGGUUUGUUUGGCUUUGUUUUGUUGUUGUUGUUGUUGUUAUAAUACUGUAAUUUUAAUUAUACAUAUAAGCUGAGUCCAAAGGUCAAAAAUGCUCAAAUGUGCAUAAAGGUAAACUCAAAAUAAUUAUGAAUAAAUAAAGUGUCUUUCCAAAUCAUAAAACAAGAUCAUAAACAAAGAGAACCAGCUCCAGGCUGGUAUAAAUAAAAAUGAAGAUCGGGCGAGUGUUACUGAUUUCAAAUAUAGCGCCAGUUGGCACCAGCGAUACAAGUAGCUGAAGAACACGAGGCACACAACGAAACUGUGCUACGGACACCGAACGGACUAGCAUACACGCCAGUGUAACUGAAAACAUAAAAAAUUAAUGGUCGACUGGAUGUAAAAUUCGAUGUUACCAAUAAACAAUGGCAUUCAUUAGCAUAAACGACCACAACGUGUAUGAAUUCCCGCAAUCAACAAGACGAUCAUGUGCACGAACAUGACUGUGGACAUCAAUACAUCACCGAGAGUAAGCGGUGAGCCAUCGGGCAAUAAUCUAGUACUUAUCUCAAAGAAGAGGUGAUGCUCGGUAGGUAAGACCCAAGAAGAGCGAAAGAGACUGAUAAAUCGCACACAUCCUGCAUCUAAAUCCGGUCGCCAUCAAAAAUGUCUCUGACUGUCUUGUAAUGCGAGGAAGAAGGCCUUGUGCCUCGCUUCUGUGACUUACAUGACCCGUGACAUAAAUGACACUUUCGUGACAAAUCACCCGGAUGACAGGAAACCCUCCUUUGCUGGUAGCUGGAGAAAUACAAUAAUGAUCAGUCACAUUAAGCAUAAAACCAUUUAUUUCUUUCAGAAAUAAAUCUCAUUUUUGGUUUCAAAUUUAUUAUCAUACCAUACCAUACACAAAACCAACGGAAAAUAAAUUGUAACUGGGAAUAAAAGUUGGGUCUGUGCUUUAAUCAUUUAAACAUUAUUUGACUAAUUUCUCUGUUUUUCCUUUUAUUUUUUUAGGUGUACCCCUAUUAGCAAUCACAGGAACUGCCACAAAGAAGAUGCAAACCACAAUUAUGCAGCAGCUUGCCAUGGGAAAGAACACUGUGAUGCUUAACAAAAGUCCGAACCAUGAGAACAUCAGGUUCUCUGUGAUAAAAACUUUUAAGACUGACCAGCUUGGUUACCUUGGAUGGUUAACAGAUAUUUUUGUGCCACAAUGCAUGAUGUUGCAAAAGUGUUUCGUUUCCUGCUAG